AUGCUUUUGACGCCGGCGUAUUCGCUCGUCACAAACUUACCUAUAACAUGGUCUACUACACAAGCGCGAGUUAUGCGAACCGAUUAUCCCUUCAGCGAAAUUGGGCAUGAAGACAUCGGGCAGUAUGUCAUCCGCACUUACCUCCAGUACUUAUGGCUACCAGAGUCUCUUAUGCCGCUGAGGUCGAUAAUCCCUUCCUUGCUACGCGUCGUUCCAGAGAUACCAUCGACGUCGUAUCAUCAGCCCCACCCCCUCCACGAAUUGCUGGAGCCACUGCUAAUGAGCACACGAGACGCCGCCCUCAAGUAUCAGCAGGAGCUGCCGCAGAUACUGGCAGAAGGAGGCGGCGCGGGUGAAGUGGAGGAAACCAUGAUGUGGUACGUCUUCGCGUACGAGAAAAUGGGAGAUAGCAGCAAGACGAGAGAACCCGGCGUGACAGACCCGGCCUCAUGCAAGGAUUGGCUUGAGCGCCUGGAGCGACGCGAGGUUCAGUUGCAGAUUCUCCUGUACAUGCUGAAACUGUCACUUCCUGGGCCUUUCCCAACCAUUACGAAGGCGCAAGCGUCCACCGAGACGCGUAUGAAGAAGCGCAAGCAGACAAAUGAAGUUUUCGAACAGAAUGAGAUAGCCUCGUUACUGGAAGGUAGAUUGGAGUCUUUCAUGGACAAGCUAUCCGUUUGGCAGCUUGUUGCUUCAAUGACAAGUGAGAAGAACCACGUACCCGAGUCAGCCGGACAGGAUCGUCCAAGGGACUGGCAGCAAAUGUUCGCGGAAGACGUGGUAGACCCUUUAUUCGGGCGCCACCUCCCACACCUUUGCGCCCUUCUGCGAAGCAAAGUGUAUUCGCACUCGCCUUUCGUGGAUGACGAACCAGACAGUAUUAUUGACGACGGUGACUCUCCUUCGGCCGCUAACAGUGGGCAGACACCGCUAGAUGAACAGCAACACUGGACCUCGUCGAGGCAGACGUCCCCUAACCCCACCAAGCGCGAUGCACCUCCCCGCAACGACAGACUACCGCUGAGGUCUUCUCGGUUGAGCGGCGCUUCGUCGACCACGCGAUCACGGUCCCUUUCUGUCACCCUCGCGCAAGAUCGUGCUGCCAGCACGGGUCCGCCUGAAAAGAAACGGGCGUUUAGUCGUGAAGUCAGCAUGACUCGGGUUUUCAAGGACAAGGAUAAGAGAUCUGCUUCUCGACAUGCAGAUAAGGCCGUUACCGAGCCUCGAUCAUCUACCGGAGCCCGUAAAGAGCAAUUCGCCGGGACGACCCUCGUGGCGACGACCCCUGUGAAGAAGCACAAGUCCCGCUGA